AUGUCCAAGAUCUCAUCAACACAAUCCGACAAUCACUCGACCUUGCUGUUCCUGCCUCCCCACUUCGAGUCUAUGCCACCAAUCCAGCCGUUGACAACAACGCUCAUCAUCUUGCUCCUAGCACCAAUGUCCCUCAAGGAGGAUAUCCUCAGCUCUUUGUGCAAGCCCAAGCCCCAGCUCUAG